AUGAAUGAUCAAAAUACCAAGAAGAUAAAUUUCAAUAAAUCUAUUUUAUUAAGUCUUAAGGCAGAAGUUCUUAAAAAGCAAGAAGAAGUUAUUGAAAAAAAACAAUUGCCCCAACAUAAUGUGGAGACAUUUAAACCUAAAGCAGAGAAGAAGUGUGAUGUAAACAAACAAAAUCAUAAAUCUUUUAAAGAUAAUUUGAAAGCAGUAGAUAUAGAAGAGUUGGAGACACUUAGAAAAUCUAAAUUAGCACUGGAAAAAAAAGCUGAGCUAUAUGAACAUUUAUCAGAUAAAACAGGUAGUUCCCAGCUAGCUGAAAGAUUCCUUGUUGAUUUUAAAGGAAAGAAGGAAAGAGAGCCAGAUACACCAAUAAAAAAGAGGGAUGAAAAGGAAACAGUUGUUUACAGUGAUACUGACGAUGAUAAUGAGUGGAUAGAGUUUACAGAUUGCCUUGGUAGAACACGAAAGUGCCUUAAAUCUGACUUAGAAUUAUACAAAAAGAGGGAUAAAGAAUUAUUGCGAGUAAUAACAAAUGGUCAAGAGAGAGAUGAACCUAGAGAGGAACCUGAGAAGACUCCAGAGAAACCAUUUUUGGUCCAAAAAACAAAUGACUACUUGCAGUCAUUACGAGAAAAAUGGGAACAAAAGGAAAAGGAGCUUCUUGCAAAAGAAAAAGAUAUACACUAUCAAGAUUUGUUGUUUGAUGAGGCAAGAAUCCAUGGGGUGGGAUAUUACUCCUUUAGUACUGAUGAAGCCGAACGCAAAAAGCAAAUGGAGGAACUCACCAAACAACGGCAGGAGACUCUGCAAGCUCAGAAGGAAGCAGAGGAGAGAAAGAAGAAACGAGAUGAGCUAAUGGCGGCAAGAGUAGCGGCUGCAAGGGCCAGACAACGGGCUAGAGCAGGUUUACCGCCCGAAGAACCACAGAAAAACGAAAAAGACUUCACAACGUGCCUGUUAGAGUUUCUGACUCAGCAGAGGAACGAAGCAGAUGCUAAAGCAAAGGAAGAAGAAAUGAGGAUUCGUGAGGAGCAAGAGAAGGAAAGACAAAAGUUGCGGGAGUCUUAUGUUCGCGAAUGGGAUAUAGGAAAAGAUGGUAUGGAUGAAAAGUUGAAGAAAUUCAGAGAACUCACUCAGGAAGAAUACGUAGACCAGCAAAGAGCGAAAAGAAUAGAUGAAUUCGCACCACCUCGGCAGUCUUCUAGGGAAGGUAGAAGAAGCAAUAAAUUUGACGAAAAGGGGAAUGCAUUUUCGUCUGAUACAAACGCUGCACCCAAAACGUGGGCAGAAGUAAGACCGAGGACACCACCACCACCAGUCAUUGGGCCGAUCGAGGAGGAAUCACCAAAAGGUCUAUUCUUCACAACAAAAAAGGCGAAUGUAAAAUAUAAGAAUUUCGUCAAGGCCACAGAACCCACGCCGAUAGAGAAUGAACUCAGCGAUGAUGAGAACUGUGCUGAAGGGAACGAAAGGCCGGAGAAAAGGAAGUCUGAGGGAAAUUCCACAGAAGUGCCUCCACCGCCUACUUAUGAAUACUAUGGGCCCGUUCCCAAGCAUUCUAAAUCAAAUAAACCAUUCCACUCGGAUUUAGGAGAGGCGUAUUCACAGGGAGCCAAAAGCUUAGAACCAAAAGCUAGCAAUAGACAAUUGCCAAAGCAUUACGAUUUCACAUUUGAU